AUGCGAGCUCUUGUGCUGGAGACGAUCAACAAAUGGAGUGAAGGAGGCUUUCGAGAAACUAACGAAGAAGUCCGCUCUGAUGAGCUAGCGCUGGAUUUUAGUGAGAUGCUAGAACCUAUUGCGGCUCUUGAGAAUGAUCUGGAGGAUCUGACUUUGAAGAUUAAACAUAUAGAAGACUCAAACUCGUUUUGCUGUACGGAUGAAGUUCUCCAUGCGCUCUCGAAGCUGGCGCAUCUGGAGACUCAAACUCUUACGCUAUACUGGAAGACAAGAUUGCAUCUCAACAGGACCAUCAUGUAG